AUGGUCGUUCCUUCACAAGUCGAGUUUCCAUCCGAUACGAGAAUCACAAGUGCUUGUUCAUUCGGUGGUAAUGCGAUUGAGAUGCACCAGACGUUGAUGGCGUCUAUUCGGCGUCAGCGCUGUACAUGGGAUGUGCCACACUCACGGACAACCAUCGAGGCAGCGGCCUGGCCCAUCGCGACGUAUCAAGCGAUUCUUCUGAACAUUAUACUUCCCUUGAUAGCCUGGAAACAGGACUCGAGCGCGGUAUCUGAGUUUCCGUCGCCUGAUCAUGAGAUUUUAGUCGCUCUCGUGAAGAGCAGCUUGAAGAGAGGCAUGUUCAGGUAUCCAAGCAUGCUUAAACACUACCAGCAAACGGCUCUCACUCCUCAAACUGCACCCCAUAUCUGGAUUGGUAUCGAGGAAGCGAAACGAUUCGCAUUGACUAUGUAUCACAUAUGGACGAUGUAUUGUGAAACAUACAUGUCAAGCGAGACCGGGUUUCCGGAUCUGCUUUCAUCACACCACUUGCAGUUCUCUGCUCCGAUAAGUGAUGAUAUGUGGAAUGCAGACUCUAUACCAGACCUUAUUAGUCUGGUAGAAGAAGAGAAAGCUAAUGGAAACCAAGUAUGCGACAACGAGAUGAACUGGAUUUGUAACUGGCUACGUAAUUCCUGA